AUGGGCAACUACAGAUGCUACCCGACCGAGGGCAUAGUGUCCAAAACCGGACGCAAGCAUUACCGCAUUCCCGUCCGAUCACAACAUUGGCAGCUUCGAUCAUUAAUCAGCGCAGAGAAGCGAAACAUUGUCUACUUCCCUGGAGGAAAUGGCAGCAAUCACGUCCAGCGACUCAACACCUUCACCAACGAAUGCGAAACAAUCAAACUCCUUACAUUUGCCCCGCGAUGUCUCGUAGCCGAGAGUGGGUGGCUAUGCUGCGGCAGCGAAACUGGCGAGUUCGUCGCCAUCAAGCUUGAGGAAGCAAUCGAAAGCAAUCGACAACCAUUGCUAGGACUUCAUCUUGAUGCCGAAACGAGACACCAACUCAGCCUUGAGGGAGGCAGCCGCGACGAUCCUUUGCUUGCCCUUCUCGCUCACGCCCGACGAUCGAAUAAAAGCUUGAUCGCUAAGAGUAUGAAAUUAGCUAAAGACAGGGUCAACUGCGUUACUCUUUGGUUUCCGCCGGCAUUGGCAACUCUUGCGGCAGGAUCUUAUACAGAGCCCGUCGCGGUUUUGGCCAAUAAUGAUCGCACUGUCAUUCUUGUCAGCUUGCGCGAAUUCGAUCAAAAUGAGAAAGCAGACCCUCUUGAUAUCGUGACAUAUCCUGACUUUGUCAACCGUGCAAUCAUCUCUCCCGAUGGCCGAAUCCUGGUGGCAAUUCUCGACGACCCGUACCUGUACGUUCAUGAGCGGGUUGAAACAGAAGGAGGAGCCGCAACACCGCCCUCCAGUGAUGAUAGCGGAUAUCGAUGGGAACAGCGACAGAGAUUCUUACUCAAAAGCCAGAGAAAGGAUGAUCGCUCAGACAGCAGGGGCAGUUUUGCUGCAUGCUUCUCUCCGUCCGGCGCGUAUCUAGCAAUCGGCACACAGCAUGGCACAAUCUCCAUUUUCGACACCACCCUGCUUCUCGAAUCUUGUGCAGAGCCACUCAUCACCACCUUCAAGUCUUCUCGCCCGGAGAGCGGUCCCGGUGCCAUCCGAGAUAUGGCGUUCUGUCCUGGCCCGUUUGACAUUCUGGCGUGGACAGAAGAUAGAGGCCACAUCGGCUUCGCUGACAUGAGAAGCAACUUCAUUAUUCGUCAGAUUGUUGACAUCAACGUUGAACCCGACUUCCAGCAUAUUGACAUCCUCGAUCGGAACACCAUCGACCCUCGACUGUUGGACACUAGUUCAGACAGGAGGUCAAAUCGGUCCCCGCCUACCAGUAGCACACGGACCCGUCGACAAGGCGAAGCGUUGGAAACUCUAAACCAACCUCUCACUCCCAAUGAAACCGUUGUCUUGGAGGCUAUCCAGGGCGACCGAAGGCGGCGCGAGCGAGCGGCUCAGAGAAGCGCCGAAGAGAGAGCUCGAGGCGGGCCAUCAGAUCUAACCUGGACCUACCUAUCCAGCCUACGGCCCUCAACCACAGAGAGCGAAUCUCCCAGACCCCGGCAACGCAGUAGCAGCGUGGGUCGAGCAAUGGGCGAUAUUCUUGGUUCCUACCGAGAACAGCGAGAACGGCAGCAGGAACGCGUUCGAAAUGCCCGGCAAGUCGCUCGAGAAGCAUCUGACGGCCAACAACAGCAGCAACAAUCAGCAUCAACAAGACGGCCAGAUCAACAAAGGUGGAUGGAUAGGAUUGGGGAAACGGUUGCGGCAAUGCAAAAUCAGAGGGACAGACAGGACUCGUCGUAUCUGAACGUGCUAGAAAUCUUGCAGGCUCGAGAACGCCCUUCGAAUGACGGUGAUAAUGAAGAUUCGUCGCUCCUUGUGCCCCUGGUGAAUCAGGUAGUCAAUCGUUGGGAGGAGAGCGCCAUUCGUGGCACCCUAGCGACUGAUCAUGGAGUUUUCGAAGUCCCUCCGUCGCCGGACAAUACUGCCGGUUUAGCCUGGACUGAAGACGGCCGUACCUUGUUUGUCGGCGCUCAAAAUGGUAUAUAUGAGCUGCAUGUCAACGUCCAAGGCAGAAAAUUCUGCCCCAGUAUCACUAUGAGCUGA